CCCCACAAUCCUUUGCGGUAUCCCAGGAUGGUAGCGCCCAGUGGUGCAAUGAGCGAUUCUGAGAGCAGCAGCAGUGGCAGCAGCGAUGCGGAGGAGCUGGCACGGUGUCGCGAGGCGGCGACGCCCGCCUGGGGGCUGGAGCAGCGCCCGGGGACAGCGGAGAAACCCGAAGCUGGUGCUGCAGAUACACAAGCACCAGCCCCACAGCCAAGCCGCAGGCUGGAGGUGAGCCAGCAUGAGGAAGAUGGCAACGAGCUUCAGACCACGCCCGGGUUCCGAGCCCACGUGGCCAAGAAACUGGGAGCGCUGCUGGACAGCUCCAUUGCCAUCGCAGAAGUAUGGAAGAAGUCGCAAAAUGCAAAGGUGCAGCAGGCGACCAAGGAGGAGGACGGCUUCCGCCUUUUCUUCACAUCUGUCCCCGGAGGCCAUGAGAAGGAAGCUUCUCCAAAACCCUUCCGAAAGCGCCAGCAGCCCAGCUCCAGUGAGGACAGUGACGAGGAAUGGCAGCGGUGCCGCGAGGCAGCUGUGUCGGCUUCAGACAUUCUCCAGGAGUCGGCCAUACACUGUCCUGCCAAGGUUGAGGAGGAGCCCGAGAAGAAGAAGUUGAAAAAGAAAGUCAAGAAGAAGGUGAACGCUGAGCUGGCUGCAGCCCCAGGCUUGGAACAGGUAAAGGAGACAGGCAGCUUCAAUGGGGACCCAGUGUCGCUUGGGACCCAAAAGAAGAAAAAGAAGAAGAAGGCCAAGAAAGCCAGAGAGGCUUCCCUGUGCCCACCAGCAGAGUGUGUAGCGGCUAAGCCUGAGAACUGACCCCAGGCUGUAGGUCCCAUGGCCACCAGUUCUGAGGGUCAGGUGCCCAUGGGGUUAGGGCAGAGCCAAGCCACACUCCCAGUUUCCAGUUUCCCGCACUGACUGCCCCACAGGUGACUUUAGUUGGGCUUGCCUAAGAGUCCAAGCAAAGACGUGGGUAUAUGGGGAGAGGCCUGUGUAAGGCUACAACAGACUCGUGGUUCCAGAACUUUCCCCGGCUUUUGAGACUGAGCAUCCAUCUCCCCGUCCUGUGCAGCCUUGCAUGACAUCCUUGAGAAUGAUGGGCUGGGGUCUCCAAGCUACUGAGACCCCAGAAAACUUUUGUACCUCUCCCCCAGCCCACACAGACUUAAUGACAUUGUCUGCAAAAGAAGGAAAGAUCUCCCCCACUUCCUCCUUUUCCCGUUUGUCUGUAACGUGUUAAUUUGUUAAUAACACAGGUAAGUCAGUUCACUCACUGAGAAUCAGACGCCAGAGUGCUGAGCACCUAGGCUGCAUGCAGGCGUGGGGACAAGGCCCCACGGAAGAGAAAAAGGAAGAUAAAUUAUCCGGUGGCCCAAGGCCUACACUAGUCC